AUGCCGAAGUAUUACUGUGAUUACUGUGACACAUUCCUGACUCAUGACUCACCAUCUGUUCGGAAAACUCAUAACGGUGGCCGAAAACAUAAGGAAAAUGUACGAAUGUUCUAUCAAAAGUGGAUGGAGGAGCAGGCGCAGAAAUUAGUGGAUGCUACUGCGCGAGCAUUUACCCAAGGACGCAUGGGUAGUAGUCAAGGAACUGCUCCCCGAAUGCCUAUGGCAGUGAAUGGACCAAGACCACCCAUUAUGACACCAGUUGGUGGUCCACCGGUUCGAGGUCCAAUGCCAUUUCCUUAUCCACCAAUGGGUGCUCCAAUGGGACCGCCAAUGAUGAUGAGGCCACCGUUCAUGAUGCCGACUGGACCACGCCGAGAGAUACGAUAG